AUGGCCCCGACCUCACUCGCAGGGCACCACCACACCCCAUCACUGGGCGCAACCCAGCGGCACAGCACCCCCGCACACCUGAGAGGCGCCAUUCCACCCACAGCUGAGGGCCUUCGCGGUGGGCAGAGAUCGCCCCUCCCACAGAAGCAACUUCCCACAACCUGCACUAAAGCACACUUCCCACGCCGCGGCGGUCCCCACACGAUGCGUGUUUUACCGCCACCACCGCCUCCAGGCAAAGAUGCAGGAGUGCAGCGACAGGCACCGAGGCGAGCCCGGCAGUCUCACUACACACGGCCCACGUGCACCCAAACCGACAGCACGCGCCGCGGCGUGAAGGGAGAAAACCCUCCCAAAAAAUGUCGCCCAUCACCUCAACCAUUUCCGCGGAUGUCGGGGAAAAGACCCACGAGGAACGGCGUGCACAACGCCAGGCGCAGACAACACCGCAGGCCCGGCAGACCGCUGUCGCCGGCUAGGCAGGACGUACCAACGCCGCAGCGUCGCUGCGCCCAAACAUCUGACGUCUGCUGCGGCGAGAGGCGCUAG